AUGAGCGGUCUAGCCACUUCCAACAUCCCCGUUGAUCCCGUGGCAGCCAACCCAGAUCAGCCAAGCAUCACUUCAACUGCUGCACUCGAUGCCUCGCGACGAGAGCCCGCCCCCUCCGCCGCCGGUACCACCGAACUCGCCGGUAAAUCGGUAAACACCUUGUCCGCGCACGAGCAGGAGAAGCUGGAGACUGCUAAGCAAUUGGUGAUCGACGCCUUGAGAUUCGUACCUGACUUCCCCAUCCCCGGUAUAAAGUUUAUCGAUAUCCUCCCGAUUUUCCAGAGCCCCGUGGCAUUUGAGUCUCUUCUCGAAGUACUUGCCCUCCUAAUACGAGAACGAUACGGCGACCAGAUACCAGAUGUCAUAGUGGGUCUAGAAGCACGCGGUUUCCUCUUUGGGCCCUCACUUGCAUUGAGGCUCAACCGCCCAUUCGUCCCGGUCCGGAAGAAGGGCAAGAUGCCAGGCGCAUGCAGAACAGUUGAGUACAAAAAAGAAUAUGGAUCAGACGAAUUUCAGGUGCAACUCGAUGCUAUCAAGCCCGGACAAAAUUGCUUGAUCGUGGACGAUAUCAUUGCUACAGGAGGAACUGCUGCUGCUGCAGGCCAACUCGUGGAGCUCUCGGAUGCUAAAGUCAUGGGUUAUCUCUUCAUGAUUGAAAUUACGAACCUCAAGGGCAAGGCGCUACUGGGUGACAAGCCCAUGAUCACUCUCGUCGAGCACGAUGAAGAGGAAUAG